AGGAUCAAUCGAUUGCUUUUGGCUGCCAGUAAGUGCUGCGCGCUGAUUGGUCCUGGGUAAGGAAACGGAAGACAAGGCGCGCGUGCGGGGAGUUGGGAGUGAGGCAGCUGAGAGACCAUGGCGUCGCUCAAUUGUAGCAGCGUCGUCUGCGUGAUAUGCUUGGAGAAGCCCAAAUACCGCUGCCCCACUUGCCGCGUGCCCUACUGCUCCGUGACCUGUUUCCGGAACCACAAAGAGCAGUGCAAUCCUGAAACUCAUCCUGUUGAGAAAAAAAGAUCAGCUGUUACUGCAAAAACUAAAAAGCCAACGGAAAACAAAGAUGAUGACGACUCGAUAGCUGAUUUUCUCAAUAGUGAUGAGGAAGAAGACAGAGUUUCUUUGCAGAAUUUAAAGAAUUUAGGGGAAUCUGCAGCAUUAAGAAAUUUACUGCUUAAUCCACACCUUAGACAGCUGAUGGUCGGCCUGGAUCAGGGGGACAACAAGGCCAAGCUCAUGAGAGCCUGCAUGCAGGAGCCCUUGUUUGUGGAGUUUGCUGACUGCUGUUUAAAGAUCGUGGAACCAUCUCAGAAUGAGGAGUUUUAAGAUGGAUUAUUGUGCUGCUUGAUCAGGCCUGUGUUUGACUCUCAGAACCUGCCUGUCCUCCCAGGAGACCAGCUGGUGUGGGGCCCUAAGCAAAGGCUGUGAUUUCCAGGAUGCAGACUAGCGGAUGGAGGGUAGGUCACACAGGGCUUCACUUGCAUUGCUGUGGGGCUCAGGUGUCAGGCAGAUGGCGGUACUCAAGGUGGCUUUGCGGAGAGAAACGACAUUCAAAUGGUUGUUUUUAAGUUAUUUAUUUUUGGUAGUUAAGAUUGAUACCAUAAAUGAUAUAAUUUAUCAAGUAUCAUACCCAUUUGAGUUAAAACUUGUGCAGUGUUACUAAAUAAAAUCAAGAUACAGUG